AUGCCGGUCGACGGUGCUCAAGGCACCAGUUGCAAGGGUAACGAGGAGCACGUCUACAAGCAGUAUCAGCGCGGUGCCAUUGUGCUUCUGCGUGAUAUUCCGGGUGAACACACGGGUUAUUGGAGUAAAGUUCAUCUCGAGGAUGCCUACGGUGCUCUUCGCGUUUCAACUGCUCUCUCACGGCUGUCCGGCACUGUCAGUAUUAACUCUAAUGGCCAACAGUAUGUAUAG